CGCUACACUACACCCGGUGAGCUGAGUCUUCAAACAGCGUGGUCACCCUUUGCGUGUGUGAGCAGGAGAUACAGAUAACAGCUGUGGAAACACCCACCCGGCUCCUUCUAACUACAGUAUCUGAGCAGCUAGCUUGUUAGCUAACAGUGUGUUUAUUGGCUCAAAAUGAACGGCCACCAGAACGGUUUCCAUAACAACUGCGAUGAAAACGGCUUCCUCUUCACUUCUGAAUCUGUCGGAGAGGGACACCCCGAUAAGAUUUGCGACCAGAUCAGUGAUGCUGUGUUGGAUGCUCAUCUCUCACAAGACCCUGAUGCCAAAGUAGCAUGUGAGACUGCUGCUAAGACGGGGAUGAUCCUGCUGGCGGGGGAGAUCACCUCCAGGGCCAACGUUGACUACCAGAAGAUUGUCAGGGAGGCAAUCAAACACAUAGGCUAUGAUGACUCCUCCAAAGGCUUUGACUACAAGACCUGCAAUGUGCUGGUGGCCUUGGAACAGCAGUCCCCCGACAUUGCUCAGGGUGUCCACCUGGAUCGCAAAGAAGAAGACGUUGGAGCCGGUGACCAGGGUCUGAUGUUUGGAUAUGCCACUGAUGAGACUGAAGAGUGCAUGCCCCUCACUAUUGUCCUGGCUCACAAGCUCAACGCCAAGAUGGCUGAAUUGCGCCGUAAUGGAACUCUGCCAUGGCUCCGACCUGAUUCCAAAACUCAGGUGACUGUUCAGUACAGACAGGAUAGAGGCGCCACCGUGCCACUGCGUGUCCACACCAUUGUGAUCUCUGUGCAGCACGACGAGCAUAUAACUUUGGAGGAGAUGCGCAAAUGUCUGAAGGAGCAGGUGGUGAAAGCGGUGGUUCCCAGUGGCUACCUGGAUGAUGAAACCGUAUACCACCUGCAGCCCAGUGGCCGCUUUGUCAUUGGAGGACCACAGGGUGAUGCUGGUCUGACUGGCCGUAAGAUCAUUGUUGAUACCUAUGGUGGUUGGGGUGCCCAUGGAGGCGGAGCCUUUUCUGGGAAGGACUACACAAAGGUGGAUCGCUCUGCUGCCUAUGCAGCCCGCUGGGUGGCCAAAUCUCUGGUGAAAGCGGGGCUCUGCAGGCGUGUGUUGGUCCAGGUAUCCUAUGCUAUUGGAAUUGCCCAUCCACUCUCCAUCUCCAUCUUCACCUACGGGACCUCCCAGAAGAGCGAGAGGGAGCUGCUGGAAAUUGUGAAGAAGAACUUUGACCUCCGUCCAGGAGUUAUCGUGAGGGAUCUUGACCUGAAGAGGCCCAUCUACCAGCGCACAGCAGCCUAUGGUCACUUCGGUCGUGACAUCUUCCCAUGGGAGGUUCCCAAGCCAAUGAAGUUCUGAACCCCCUCCAACUCCCCUCUUAUCUCCAGGCGGGCCUUAGGUGUACUACAGAUGAACCUUUGUGUCUGUCUACCUUUCUCCUAUUCCUCCUCCUCCUCCUCCUCCUCCUCCUCCUCCUCCUCCCUCUACUUCCUCCUCACACACACAGCCACAUCACCACAGCCUCUACUUCAUGAAAAGAUGCCCACUCUCCACAAUAUUGCACACAUCUCUGUGAGAUUAUGAUAGUAUUUCAGUUGCAGAUAUUAAGUUGAACAAACGUGUUGGAUAAAUUGUGCGUACAAAUUUGAGCAGAGCUGCCAGCUUUUAUUCAUCUUCUGGCAGCUCACCUCAUUUUUUUGUAUGAUUAAUGGUCAUCUAGUUUUCUGACACUGCUCAUCAGGAGUGAUUAAUUUAAUCUGUGCAGUAUAUAUUUAAACCAUAUUUAUAGCAGAUUUCCAAAAAGACCAUAUGGGUAUUUACCAUUGCUGAUGAUGUUUUGUGAGAUGAUUCUGGUAUUCAUCAGAUUUUAAACUCAGAAUCUCACUGCAGUUUAGUUGACAUGAACAGUGGUUGGCAUCCUCUGUUGCCUUGUCUUUAAUGGCAACAUGUCAUUUCCCAUUUUACCCAACUCUGUUGGGUUAAUGGCAGUUGAGAAUUGCAAAACCAUCAGCUGUGUUCCCCUCACACCCAAUGUUCUUGACAUUUUGUUGGCACAUAUAGGGUCAAAUACUUGUCCAGUGAACUAAAAUCUGCUCCUUUUCUUAUUUGUGCUGUCCCUUCAGACCACUUAUUUUCUGACGUUUUACAGAGAAGUCAGAAGCUGCUAAUGACCUAGUGGUUAUGUUGGGCUGCACCAUGACAUCACUCCAUUUUUUUGUAUUUAUUUUGUUAGUUUAUAUGUCAUGUGAAUGUUACAAAUGAUGUUCAAUGUGUCAACUGACCAAGAUAAAGGCACGUUUAAGUACUCAUCCCUCCUGGGACUGACUCUGGGUGUAGCUACAGAGAAACCCAGCACAGUCACCUCUGGGCAGGGACUGCCUUCAUCCCAUGGCAACAACCUACUUGAAAUAAUUUAUACAACUACACUAUUGUGGGACCUAACAGUUUGACCAGCAAGGAAAGACAGUUUAGCAAUGUGUGCCACAAGUUGUUUUUUUUUAUUUAUUUAUCUAAAGACAGUUUUCCACUCAGUCACACAUGUUUAGGGUACUGACACCUUCAGUCUCACAUACGCACAAUAUGAAAGGUUGAAUGGCACGGAAGAAACAAAAGAGCAGAGCCACACACAGACCAAGACAUAAGAGGCAGCACACAGUCGCCGUAGCGAAUGUAAGACAUGGUGAUACUGCUCUUGUCUUCUCGGCAGAGUUAGUUUAGUACACGAGGACGUGGGAUCAGAAUAUGAUACGGUUACAUUUGUGGAUUUUCAAUCAUCCACUGGAGUUGCACAGCAUGUUGGUUCUUGAGUUACCAAAAUUGGAAAGGCUUCUAUUUCUAAUGUUGUAUGUACAGUAGUCCCAAAAUGCUUGCUGAGCUUGCAGCUGAAGCUUUUGUUUUUAAUUUAUUUAUGUGUUUUUAAAAAAAAAACAAUCUUGACACCAUACCCUAUGGGUCGUGGAUGGCACAAGUCCAAAUUUUCCUGAUUAGUACACUUGAAACGAUCUUGGUUAGUCAAGGUUGCUCCUCUCCUUGUUCUUUUUAAGACUGUUUUGUUGAGAGUUUAGUGAGUAAAUUAAAAGAUAAUGAUGCGUGCCAGAGACUCUGGCCAGAUUUGAAUAUACAGUAUAUGCCUUUGAAUGCUUCCCUGGUUGCCCCUCUCUUAGUUAAAGCUAAGCCAAAUGUAAACCUGUGUGAGGUUGUUAUUAAAUCACCACAGUUGGUACUUAGUGUGAACUGUGUGUGCAGUUAGUCAAAGUGUCCUCAUCGUGUAGCUAGGUGGCACUGUGUCCUUAUAUAUAUAUACAACUGAAGUUAAGAUUGUUUUCUACUUUCAGAGCACUGAUGUCUGGUCUUUAGCUUGGCUCCUCUGCCACCACCGUGUGGCUCUUUGAGUGCACUGCAGAGAAACCUCAGACAGGAGCCAUACAUUGUUGCUGAGAACAUUUUAGACUGUCUGUUUGAUUAUUUAUCCGGUGAAAUGAUCCACCUCCCAAAGACGUUUUACAAUAUGUUUGCAUCUCAUCUACAGAAGAGACAAAAUGAUUGGUUGGUGUUGUACAGAGAAACCAGCCUGUUUACAUAGUCUCCUGUGGGGGGAUGUUGACGAGCAUUUUUUUCUAUGUUGAUUAGAAGUUAGUCUGUCAGUGUGGUUGCUGAAUGUGUAAAAGUGCCUUCUCAUUUUUUUGCAAUGCCCCUAUCCUUAUAUAUCUGACUCCUUACCCUGUUUCUACCCUGAGGUUGCAAAAUCUCCCUCUUCAAUAAUUCAUGCUGAGGAGUUUGAUUUGUUGUUGAGUUUCUCUUUCAAACCCUUCAAAUAAACUGCACCAUUCCCUGUG